AUGCUUAUUGUUUAUGUGGACACAAUUACUUUCUGGUUUCCAUGGGACCAGAACCCAUGUCCACUGCUCACAUUAGCACCACAGGAAAAGUCACACUUCGUGUCCGCUCUGACGGUGGUGUUUGUAAAUUCUAAGUCAAUGUCCUCUAUUAAAAUUGAUGACACACCGGUUGACGACCCUGAUAAAAUAAUCUUAACAGUGCAAGUUACACAAACCCUUCAGCUUCUCACCGUGUCAUUUCCUGCCCAUCAAGGCAUCCUCUGUGUGGCUGAUCAGUGUCAUGGCCAGCAGGAGCUGGCCCUUAACUACCACCUGCUGAGUGACAAGUUACUGUUGUCCCUCUCCUCUGAGAAACACGUACACCUAGAGCACCUGCGCAUCGAUGUGGUUAGCGAGAACCUAGGCCAGAACCAGUUCCACACCAUCAAAAAGAGCAGCUGUGAUGCCCUCAUCCGCCACUCGCCCCAGGUCAACAUUGUCAUGUACUUUUUCCUGUACGAGGAGGAGCACAAGCCCUUCUUUCACGAGGAGAUGCCCGUCACACACCUAUACUUCGGUCAGGCGGUCAGUAAAGACAUGCUGGGGCGUAUUGGGCUGAACUGCCCACGUCUCGUGGAGCUUGUUGUGUGCGCAAAUGGGUUGGAGCCACUUGAUGAAGAGUUGAUCCAUAUUGCAGAUCGCUGCAAAAGCCUCACAGCCAUUGGUCUCGGUGAGUGUGAGGUGACCUGCAGCGGUUUUAUGGAAUUUGUGAAGAUGAAGAUCCACAUUGAGGUCUCAAAAUAUCUGGUCCAGAUUUGGUUCCCUGAUAUGAUACCCACAUGGUAG